AUGCCCACCAGCCUCGAGCUCCUGCUCCUGCUCCUGUUGGCAUGGACGAGCGUCGGCGAAGCCAUGGAAUCAUGCAGAGCAGAGGACGGGAGAAAAGAGGUCGAGGAAGGACCGGGAGAGGCGAUUUCAGAGCGGGCGAGGGCAGCCCUGUCCUCCUACGAGAAGCUACACGCGAGGAUACUUGAUCCGAGAGAGAAGAAGAUCAAGAGGAAGUUCCUCGUCCUGCAGCCUCUGCUCGGGAUGGGGAACUCUCAGAUAGAGGAAGCGACUGCCCUGCUGCUGGCGAUGCAGACUCGGCGAGCUCUUGUUAUCGAUCUCUUCGACAGGAGAUCGCACAUGGACAUGGACAAGGUCUCUCAGCCGAUGUCGAUCAGCAUGGCUGACAAGAGCCUGUUCCGAGAGCAUCUAUACGCUCAAUUCAACGAACUUGUUGCAUGCAAGCGAUGGGAUCGCGCGCUGACCGGCAAGACUGUGGCGAGUCGGGGAAGGUUCCUGGGGUACCUGCCAGCCUACCACAACCAGCAUCACGGGAAGUGGCUGAGACAAACCUUUGGGGCCUUCUUCUUCCACUUUGCCCUCAACUUUCUCCACCGGCCGUCGAAGGAGGUCAAGCUCAAGGUGCAAGGGAUCAGGAGCAAGUAUCUGCUUCACAGCAACUGCUCGAUAGGAAUCCACAUACGGUGGGGGAAACCCUCCGACCACUAUCACUACGUCGAUCACAACAGGCCGGAAGAAAGCCUGAAGAAGUACCUUGACUGCAGCCUCCAACUCUGCCCCAACAAGAACACUACUGUCUACCUGCUAGCGACGGACUCGGUCUCCCAACUCUCAUCAGCAUAUUCUGCAUGCCUGACGGCCUGGCAGCACUGGGUCCGCAAGGAGUUCCGCAAGUUGGUUCCCGACCAGGCACUGACGGAACAGAUCGCCCUGGGGGAGUGCGAUCAUAUCAUCACAACCAGGCUUUCAACCUUCAGUUUCUCUAUCCAUGCGCGAGCGAACAAGCGGCCAUGGGUAGUCGCCAAGGACUCUCCAUCAUGCAAGGUUCUGCUAUCAGGACUUUGA